CCUCUCCUACCUGAGUUGACCGUUAAAUGAGUGACGUGUCAACUAAAAAAUAAUAAAGUAAUAAUAUUUUAUUUUUAAUAAUUUCCACAUCAAUACAAUAAAUUAAAAAAUAAUAAAAACAAAAAGAUGUCGACCCCGGCUGCGUACUCCACUAUUCUCGUCGGCGUCCCUUCCCCGUUGUUGCCCUUAAAUAUCGCCUCUUCCCGGAUCAAUGUACCCCCACCGUGUCGGCCAACAUCGUUGACCGGUACUCCCUGUCCGGGUCGGGUCCCAGCAGCGACAACCCAAAAUCCGAUACCCGGGCCACCCAGUUCCCGUCUAGGAGAAUAUUUGACAAUUUGAUGUCCCGAUGGAUGAUCGGUGGCGCCGAUCUUGAUCUCCGCUGCGAACCCGUGGUAGCGGUUGCGAGCUCUGAGAGAGUGAAUUCCUCGGCAUAUCUUGUUGUUGAUGGAAGAAAGAAAGAUGCUUUGGAGAUUAAAACAAGAUCAAGGAAAUAGGGGAAAGAGUAGAACACAGCAGCAACAGCCGGAGAAGAUUAUUAUUAUUAUAUUUACCCCAUUAUAAUACUCGGCAAAUCAUUACGACCCAGAUGAUUAAGAUGGAUUACUUUUUUUGGUUUGGUUUUGUGAUACGGUGGGAAAUUGUAUUGCGAGAUAUCUCCCUUUUCUUGGCAGGAGUGGGCCAGCAUUCUACUUUCUUGGCUAGAACAACGAGAGAUUUCUUUAUUUGUGAAAAUAUGCUUGCAUGUUAUUCCAUUUACUCCCGUUUAAACACAUCAAGGAGGAAACUUAAAAUCCUAUUAAGGUGGAACUAUCUUCCCCUCUCUAACUACUACCAAAUCGUGCUCCACUUAAGGGGAGGACUGGCUUAUUGACUCUCUAACCUCUUCACUUCCCUGAAAACUUUCAUUUUUUUGAAGAUUUGAAUCUUUGGCAGAACAACAUCCUGUGGAGCUUCGUCUCCUUUUAUCCCCUCUAACUCUAUUAGCCAGCUUCUUGGACUCUUUCUUACUCUUCUUCGAUCGGUUGGGCCCUCUCUUUAAUCCUACUCAACCUCUCCAAGCUCAUAUUCUUCUGAUCAUCGAAAACUGCAUCCUCGAGCUCCUCGCCGUAAGCCUUCUUCGAUAAAGUUCCAUAAUAGAACUUUUUGUGCAAAGACUUGACUGGGAGCACUUCUACACGUUCAACUUCUACCCUCUUGUCUUCCUCCUCGGUAUCCUUAUUCCUUCUCUUCCACCCAUAAAGAAAGUAGUCAUCAACUCCACAUAGUCCUAUUGACCACGUGAAUUUCUUUCCAUGUAGUUGAUGCGGUCGGUUGCUAAACAAUAGGGAUUGUGGCUUCCUCUCAUGAUGCUUCUUUUUGCUAAGGCGUGCUGAAACAGAAGCAGACUUGGCUGAUGAUUCAAGGACCGACUCCAGCUCAAGGACGAUAGAUCACAGUUCUGGUGCGCCCUCAGGUGGGCAAUCGAUGAUGCGGUGUGCUGUAGUGGAGCUAAGGUUGGAGUUGCGUGAAGUGCGUCCACCUUCACAGCAACAAAAGUUUCGACCUCUGAUGGCGGUUUUGGUUUGGAGACUCUCGUCGGCACAGCAGGACGGACGACAUUGGCGGUUCAGGCGGUGCGAAGUCAAUGACAUCAGCGUCUUCUUCCUUGUCCUUUAUCGACUAUGCUAGAGCUUCAGCUUGCGGUGGUGGUAGUGCGGUUGCUACAGGUAGGACGGAGAUCUCCGCCUCUUCCAUAGCGGCUAGGGUCUCGGCUUGCGGUGGUGGUGGUGUUGUUGAUGGCUUGUAUUUGUCAUACGACACAAUCAUCAUGCCGCAGGUAGCAAUGACACGAUCUAGCAUUUGGAUUGCCCGAUUGAUGAGUUCCUACUCCUUUGAUGAUCUCUCUGAGGGCAUCGUGAUCGGAACCCGGAUCAACGGCUCUGAUACCAAAUGAUACGGUGAGAAAUUGUAUUGCGAGAUAUCUCCCUUUUCUUGACAAGAGUGGGCCAGCGUACUGCCAAAUUGUGCUCCACUUGGGAGGGGGGGGGGGGGGAGACUGGCUUAUUGACUCAACUAAUGACUGCUCCUAAUUCAGUGGCAAGACUCAUUCAACAUAACAAACUCACAUAACAAAUCCCAGAAGCUACUCCUACGUCUACAACGGCAAUCUUGGGCGAUGGUUGGGCUACACCAAUCCGGUAGCGUGAAUUGGGGUUGUGGCUCUCGAACUGAACAUUGAUUGGGCCGAGUUGAGUGAUUCGUGAGCUCAUCAUUUUGUUCUCUUGUGGCUGGAGAUUGAAAUUGGACCCAGGAAGAAAUAGGGGUGAAGAAAAAAGGUGGGAGCUUUUUGUUUAUGCAUAAAGAAGUAAUUUUGAUUGUGCAGAGAAAGAGAGGGGGAGCAAAGGAUGAAGGAGGGAGGAAGAAGAUGGUGGAGAUUCAGUAAUGGAGUUGUCGAUUUCCUUUUCUUUAUAUUCCUAAUGUUGCUCAUUCCGUCGUCCCAUUGCGAUGAUGUUUCUGGUCUGUUGACUUUCAAGCAGAGCUCAAAUGAUUCUGAUCCCAACAAAGUUUUGUCCAGCUGGAGUUCUAAUUCCAACAGCGGUGGGGCUUGUUCCUAGAAAUUAUUAAAAAAUCAAAUUUUUAUUUUUUUAAUUGACACGUCACUCAUUUAACGGUCAACUAUAAGAGUUGACCACCACAUCAGCAAAAGUUAACGGAGACUAACGGCCAGUGACUAAACUUGAACUGUUAACCUAAUUUAAGUGACUAUGGAUGGAAUAAAAUAAUUCUAGUGGCUAAAGUGAAAUUUACUAGUAAUUCAAGUGACCAAACUUGCAAUUUAGCCUUUAAAGAACAUAAAGCACUCCAAAGCACUUUAUCUAAAAGGUUGUCCAACUCAGCGAUUGAUGUCCUUCGCUCUGAUUGGUCAUAUUCUUUGCACAAGGAUCGCUGCAGGGUGGUGCACUUUAACACUAUGUUUGGCAACAAGGGGGGUGCAAGUUCGAGGGGGGUACAAGUUGAGGGGUAAAUUGUUGGGGGGUGCAACUUGGUGGAGGGUGUAAGUGGAGGGGUAAAUUGUUGUUUGGAUGAAAAAGUAGGGGGGUGCAAAUAGAGUAAAAAGUAAGUAAUUAUAUUAUUAUAAAAUAAAUUUAUCAAUUUAUA